GAUUGCACUGGAAAGAGUCCAGUGUGGUGUAGGCUGUGGGUUCGUUUCUCACUCCUGCCUACUACACCAGCGCACUCCUGUAGUGGAGGCUUAUGCAGAGCUCAGUAACACCACAUUGAGCCAAAGGGCGGACACACCAUCAAUGCCCUCUCCACCUUAGACACACACCAGAGAAGACUGCUUUCCUUCCAGCCACACGUACAUAUCUGGGAAUACUUUCGGAAUCUUACAAGUACGUCUAUUAAAAGCAAAUGCAUAUAAGAGAAGCAGUGUUUAAACAUUAGCGGCAAAUUGGUUGUGUUUUUGCGCAACAACUCGCUACUUCUAUAGACAUUUUAUUAUCUGUCUGUUAUGGCUUGUGUGCUGGAUUUAAAAGGUGUUCGGUGAUCUUGUGAAGGACCGAAGGAGCGAAGUGAAGAAUGGAGAAUGAGACAUUUUUUGGAAAUGAUAACCGGACUCUUGGUAUUUGGGUCGAUCAAAGCUUCGAGUACAAAGUGGUGAGUGUGUUGUUGGUGAUAGUUAUUUGCGGCGCCGGGAUCGUGGGGAACGUGAUGGUGAUCCUUGUGGUGCUCACGACCAAGCACAUGCGGACUCCCACCAAUUGCUACCUGGUCAGUUUGGCGGUCGCAGACCUCAUCGUGCUGACGGCAGCGGGUUUACCUAACAUUACAGAAAGCUUUUUUGGGGGGUGGGUAUACGGUUACGGCGGCUGCCUCUCCAUAACAUACCUGCAGUACCUGGGCAUCAACGCGUCCUCCUGCUCCAUUACAGCGUUCACCGUGGAGAGGUACAUCGCCAUCUGCCACCCGAUCAAGGCGCAGUUUCUCUGCACUCUCUCCAGGGCCAAAAAGAUCAUUGUCCUAGUUUGGGUUUUCACCACUCUUUACUGUGUGAUGUGGUUUUUACUGUCUGACAUCGAAACGAAGAUCUACGACAACAUCACCUUAACCGUGUGCGCUUACAAGGUGUCUAGGAGACUAUACAAGCCGAUCUACUUCGCUGACUUCACUUUGUUCUACGUGGUUCCGCUUCUGCUGGCCUCUGUGCUGUACGGUCUGAUCGCCAGGAUCCUGUUUCUCAACCCUCUGCCGUCGGACCCCAAGGAAAAGGCGCAAACUUGGAGGAAAGGCUCGCGCGCAGAGAGCAAAAAGCACUCCAAAAACUCUUCAUUUGGAAGCACAGCGGCCUCACGAAGACAGGUAACAAAGAUGCUGGCUGUUGUGGUGAUUCUUUUUGCGUUGCUGUGGAUGCCCUAUCGUACACUGGUGGUGGUCAACUCGUUCCUAAAAGAUUCCUAUUCUGACACAUGGUUUUUGCUCUUCUGUCGACUCUGCAUCUACCUGAACAGCGCCAUCAAUCCUGUCAUCUACAACGCUAUGUCUCAAAAGUUCCGUGCUGCUUUCCGGAAGCUUUGUCACUGCAGGCCACAGAGCUCACAGAAGCCAGCAACAUACAGCGUGGCACUGACCUACAGUGUAAUCAAGGAGACCUCCAACGGCCAGAGUCCAGAUCACUUCCCCACAGAGAUGGAGGAGCUUUCAGGGCCUAAAAAUGAAUUCCGGCCUGGAAGAAAGAAGCUUUCAUAUAAGGAGUCCUCACUGUCAGACAGCAUGUUAUCUACAGCCUAGUUUUUUAGAUAGAUAAGUGUUCAUAGCCAGUGAUUGGUAUAUCAGUCUAAAUAUUUAAAUGUUGAAGAAAAUAGGACCAAAUUGAGUCUGAUUGUCCAUAAUGGUUCUGGUGUGUUUUAAAAUUUUGUAGCAGGGUGUCAUGAUAUAGGCUGUAUAUACAGAAAUGGCCAUAAAGCACUAAGUCUCUUCUCUAUAGACUUAGUGUUAAAUAAACAAUAAGGCAGAGAAUCAACAGGAAAUCUCUCAAAUUGUCCUGCCCAGAUGACUAACAGCCUUGUGUCCUCAAAGCCCAGCUCACAUUGGUUAAUACAGCUACUGUACAAUGCACAAUGUAAAACACGUCACCCAUAAGAGACUUGUUACAAAGAUGCUUUUCACGUUUACAUUCCAAUGAGAUAUCAGAAACAAUGUUCUAUAUAGUUUUGCUAUAAUGGAUAGUGGUAUCAUGCCUACGUCCUAUAGCUUAUUUAUUUCAUGUCUAUGGUGUGGUAAUUCUGAUACAGCUUAGAAAGCUUUAAAGAAUGUAACCUUUAAAAAAUAAAAUGCAGCCAGGUAGAACGUACCGUACUGUGAUAUUUUGUGAGCAUGUUAAGAAGAAAAAAAAGAUCAUUUGCAUAUCAACAUAAGACAAAGAAUAAAAGAGAGGAAGAAUGUACUGUCUGGUCAUUCUCAUUUCAUUAUGUGGUUGAAUUCUUAAAAGUAAAGGUGGUUAAAAUGACUAAAAUGUCAUUUUUCUUUUUUCUUUUUUUUCUUUUUUUAUUUUAACUGCAAUGUGUGUAACUUUAGAUGCAAGACUGUGUUCCUGACUGUUGUCUUUGAUAUAGCAUUCAAAACUUUAUGUAAGCUGGUUUAAAAUAAGAAUGCACUCUGAUAAAUGUUCAUGUGAUAGAAUAUGUUUGAUUCAAAAGGAUACCCCUCUGCUCAUAGACUCUGGAAACCAUUCAGUAUGUACAAUGCCAUACUGUGCAUUGGUCAGUCAUUAAUCUUUGUAGUUCAUUGGCUGAAUGUUUAAUGUAUGCACAUGAUAUUUCUUGCUGUUGUGAAUAUUUAUAUUUUGUAAGUUGCAGAUUGUCUUGAAUAAACUGAUAGAUUAGGAUUA